AUGCGGCUGCCGCGCUGCGCCGGACGGGUCUGCUCCAACGCGAGGUCUGGCGGGGCGGGUCCCACCCGGUCCCCACCCGGUCCCCACCCGGUCCCCACCCGGUCCCCUCACCAGUCCUCCCCCCCAGUUCUCCCCCCCGGGACGCUGUCCCGCCCCAGUCCCCCGGAACUCCUAGCCCCCCCCGGGGUCCCCGCGCCUGGCCCUGCUUGGGCGGGUAAGGAGCGCGCCGCGCUCGGCACCUCCCUCCGCCUCCGCCGUGCGGGGCGAUGCCGGGCAGUGGGCAGUGCCCCGCGGCUGUGCUUGAGCGCGCUGGGGCUGCUGGCGGCGGCGCUCGGCACUGACCACUGGUACGAGACCGACCCGCGGCGGCACCGGCAGCGCUUGCGAAGAAGCCUGGCGGCCGCCCCUGUCACUCCCCCACUUCCCUGCCCCAGCGCUGCCUCCGGGCUGUGCCCGGCCGGUCUUCGCCACUCCCCCCUCGACAGCCUUGUCCUCAGGGGCAUCGCUCAGAGAUGCACUGCUAUCAAGUACCACUUUUCCCUGGUACGCUUGUGCAACAUCCCCUUCAACCUGACGAAGGUGAUCCACCAGGACGAAUGGCAUCUGCUCCACUUGAGAAGGAACAUGGCUGGAUUCCUGGGCAUGGCUGCAGCUGUUCUUCUCUGCGGGUGCAUCGUGGCAGCAGUCAGCUUCUUUUGGGAGGAAAGCCUCACCCAGCACAUUGCAGGUCUGCUGUUCCUGAUGACAGGAAUAUUUUGCACUAUAUCUCUGUGCACUUAUGCAGCCAGCAUAUCAUAUGACCUAAACCACCUCCCCACAUUUGUCUAUAACCUUCCUGAUGAUGUAGAACAUGGAUACAGCUGGUCUGUAUUUUGUGCUUGGCGCAGUCUGGGAUUUAGAGUGGCAGCCGGGUGUCUUUGCACAGCUUACCCGUUUGUUAGCAGGGGCAACAUUAUGCAGCUCAAGUCCACCAGAGACUCCUCCAUAUGA